UGAAACGUUGUUUACAAAGUGCAAAUCAGACGAAGGUGGACUAGUGUCGUAGUAGGACCGAUUUUUACACCACCAGGCGUUGUUAGUGAACAGGGGUAUUUCAGGUGGAUGCAUUCAGAUAUCGUGAUAUUUCGUUGAUUAUUUUGCUCAGCCUACGCUACAGCUGGUGUUACACGUGAAUUCCUGUCGCCAGUCAUGUCCGUGUGUUUACAAGCAAUAUUUAUUCAGCACCAGGUUUCAUAUGGCAGCAUGACGGAAUGAAGUGUAAGUGUCCCUGCUGUCGGAUAAUUGCAACUCUUGGAAUAUAGCCAUAUACAUAGGUGUAAAACUGGAUGAAAGUCCAGGAAGUCUGAUGUACGGCCAGCAUAGAACGAGUGGUAUCGAAAUGGAGGCCUUGAACUAAGUAUGCAAAGUGGUUCUAUAUUGCAGUGAUAAUGAUGCGUUGAUGUUUAUACUCUCGGGGAUAACCAGCGACAACUAGUCACAGAUGUUCACCAUGAAGAGAGUAGACUCGAGUGAGUCCCAACAGAUCUCAGAGACGGAGGAAACUACGCAUGACCGAGAACCACCCAGGCUGGGGCGGCACCAUUCCGUGGACGAGGGCAUCCCCCAUCAAAAUGGUACUGUGAGCCAUGGUUCAGUCCACGUCACGUUCGAUGUGGUUAACGACGACGAGGAGGAAUCUCACCAGCGGCGACCGAGGCAUCGGAGACAAUCAACGCUCGGGAUCUUGGACCUGAAUGAAGACUGGAUCACCCGGAACCAUUUCUUAGAAAGGCUUGGGGGCGAGUCACUGCCAAACGAUGUCAUCCAUGCGAAAUUAGCUGAAUUUGUUGAUGAGAAAGACAAGGAGAAGGAAACAUGUCGGCGUAAGCUGGCCAAGCAUUUGACCACCACGGCUUUUACUAUCUUCAUCCUCAUCAUAGCCCUGCUGGACGCCACUGUCACCAUCACGGCUGUUAUCCUCCAAAUUCAUUCAACACACGAUGAAAUCAUCGUGAGGCGUGCCCAGCAUAGCAAAUUCAAUAAAUUCACGAGACACGCGUACGGGAGUAUGGUCAACUUGAAAAACGUGAACACAGACGAAAUGCUCGAUAGAGUUGGCAAAUAUAUCAAUGGAACUUAUAAUGCCACAGAGUAUGAUAAGAAAUCUAUUGUAAAACGGGAUAUCUUCAGUUAUGAACAACAGUAUUCUGAGAUUUCGACAAAGGAUCAAGGUUACGAUGACACCAUAAGUGGAGGUCGUUUAAUCCAACGUCAAACCCAACAUAAGAGAAGGACUGAAACAGCAGAAGAGAAAGAGCGAGGAGAUCGUGUGCUGAUUCGCCAUAAGAGGGCAGGAGGAGCGUCAGCAGAUGGGUCUCCCCUGUUCGAAUCCCCCACCGCCCUGCAGCUGGCGACAAUUGCACACUAUCUUCACUACGCUAGUGUUGCCUUACUCUCUAUUUUAUUGAUUGAGGUUAUGGCAAAGAUCUUCGCCCUCGGCUGCGAGUUCUUCAAGAGUAAGGUCGAAGUGAUUGACAUGAUUAUCAUCAGCAUUGCUUUCUUCCUUGAUGUCUACUUCAUCGACAGUGUCAUGGACAAUGUGGCGGCCGCCAUCUUGCUUUUUAUAUGGCAGAUGAUAAGGGUAUGCACAACGCUGAUCCUUCAGGAUAGGAAGCGUAUCGACUUCCUGCUCGAUGUGGUGCGUGAGUCAAACGAGGCCAACAAGCAGAAGGUGGACCGUUAUGAGGAGAAGAAUAACUCUUUGGAGACUGCUGUACAGAGAUUGACCACACUUGCCAAGUACAACGGAGCGACGGACGUAGAAAUAAAACGAUGCACAGAAAUUGUUGUUAUGGUUGAUACAGAUGAAGAAAUAAAAAAAACACAGAAGAAGCCCGUGUAUAAAUCCAUCCAAACUGUCUUCAGCAACGUCCGCAAAUGCAGGGGCAGGAAAGGAGGGUUCAUUUUAGAGCCACUUCAUUCGGUGGAUGAUAAACCGCAGUCUAACCAACAACCAAGAAGAAAGCGCCUCUCCACCGAUCUAUCCGUUGAACUGGUACACAGACAGCGCAAGGCUUCGCAUGCGAAUGUCCACUCGCACGGUCACCAGCAAAGUCUUAAUGACAUUAUGCAUUCGCUUCGCCUGUCACGUCGCAGGGAAUCGGUCAAUGGACUCGAUUCUUCAAAUCGAUCCGCUCCCUAUUCCAAAAAAAGGAUCCACUUCCUAGACGGUGACCUGGGUCAUAAGUCAGUUCCAGACAAUCUCCAAACCCCCAAUUUCACAUUUGUGUCUUCAUUUUCGCCUGCCACAUCGCCGAGUGUUUCGCGGACCAGUUCCAUCUUGAAAAAUCCUGAUUCACCAAGGUAUAUAAGGAAAGGGCGCGAUUUGCAAUCAUCGCCUCUUGUUUCUAGGAGCAGUCCUCUGUCACGUGGGAGGAAGGAGGUAGGGUUUGUGAAUGAUGGGUUCAUUGAAGGGGAAGCUGACAACGCCGAUGUGGACGCACUUGAUAAUGGAGUGGUGGUUUCAGGCGACGGAGGCUGUGACAGUGGUGCUAAUCUAAAGAAGGUCAGAAGAACUGGGGUACACGUAGAGUUCUCUCCAGACACGACAGAUGGUAAUGACUUGACGUUUAAUUCGGGCACCUUAAACGACUUACGAGAUUCUGAAGGCACUGCCAUAACUACCAACAAUGAAAACUUCCUGCCGAGUGAUAUCAAUACAGAUCCUCUGCCUGAUGAUGGUUACAACUCUCCAUAUUUGUCGUCUAAGAAACUUUGUGGCAUACUCAAACGGAAUUCACCACAACCUCCACGUAAGGAGGACACGGCCCACCUCCCGAGCAAAGAAGCCGAGAUCAAUGACGAUGACGAAGUCACAGGAUUCUGAGUCGCCAGGUGUGGUGAAAUGUACAUAAACGUAUGGAAUGAAGAUCUUGCAUUUAUUAUGUAAAAUCAUUGUCUUCGAUAUACUAUACCUGUAUUGUUGGAGAGACAAGCGUGCUUGAAAUGCUUAUACAGCAGUAAUAAUACCUAUUAGGGGCCACGUCUUUGGAUCUAUGGAACAAUACCAUAGCAAAAAUUAUUACUGUAAAAAAAACGCGUGCUUUUUGUGUACUCCAGAGUCGAAAGACUCUGGCACGAGUAAGUAAGCUAAAUCUCACAUUAAAAGACAAUUAAAUGUACACAUAAAUCAUAAAGGAAUAAACGGUCUCAAAGAACAAAACUGGCAAAUAAUGCAAAAGCAUCAAACCUCUGCUGCAUGAGGAAUAGCUUAUUUGCAUCAGGUGUACACUGACAACAUUUUAGCAACAUUUUUACAACAUUCUUGGUUGCAACAAAUGUUGGCAAAAUGUUGGCAAAAUGUUGUGUACAGAUGAAAAUGCAUGUUACAAAAUGUUUACAACAUGUUGUAAAAAUGUUGCAAAUUAAAUGCAAAGCUAGUUGCAAAAAGGUUCUAAGUCUUCAGCCAAUCAGAAAUAGGAUUUUGCGUCAUGUGAUCUAUCUGAAUUCAUGUGACUUGGGAAAAAAUAACCUCCCCAUGGAGCAUGCUGAUAUAGGGCACUCGAUAUAGGACCAAAGGCGUAUAUUAUGUAUAGCAGAACUGCCCUUGAGGGACACACCGUCAAAUGUUCAGUGUACACCCUGCUUUAAGUAGUUAAAGUUUUUGAAACAUUUGUUCAACCUUUUUAAAUGCUCUAUACACACAUAGCAAAAUUUUUACAACAAGCUGUUGACAUUUUUUGAUUUUGUGAAAAAAAAAGGUUUUGGGAGGGGAAAUGGAUGAUUCCAAGGAGAUAAGCUGUGUCAUUGUUGAGAGCGAAAGAAAUGUCGUCAAAAGCUGAAGACAGAGGGAACAAGGCCUAUGAGGGGGUGCAUCAUAUGGCGCAAAUCACUGGACAUUUGACGUUGUGUCCCACAAAUAAGUUCUCCUAUGCAUGGUCCUAUUGUGUGUCUAAUUGUAGAACCCUAUAUCGACACCCGAAGCUUGCCGAAUGGGAAUUCACAGGCGCGCUGCUGUCAUCAAGAGGGUCGCGAGAUUUUCCCACCUAUCUAACAGUAAAAAAAGUCGCACAUGUCACAAAUAUCAAACUACUAAGUUUGCCUUCUCAAUAAAGUAUUCUAAAACAACUGGGUUUAGAAUGCACCGCGCAUUACAGUGUAAAUGAACUAUGCGUCAAUGAAGCCUCGUUUUGAAUUCAGCAGUUAUGGUUAGGCAACCAUAACCGCUUGGGUUGGUGUAAAAUGUGGAAGCAUUUAAAAAGCAUUUAAAACCACAUUUUUCGUUAUUUGAUAUGAGAUGUUUUAGAAUAGAAAUUGACCAAAGAUAACAGUGGUUGAGUACCAAGAUCUUUCUUUAGGGAAAGCUAGAAGCAGAGUGUUUCUUUCAAACUGUCAUCGCUCAGGCACAGUGAAAAUGCUUUGUUUUCCCUUCAGUAUGUUUCAGAAGUAAACCAUUUUUUGAAAGUGCCUGAGGUUUUUUUGUUUCCACUCUUAGAGAGCAGAAAAACGCAUCAUUCGUUAUUUUAAGCACGCACAACUCCUGGCGUGGGAAACGUUUUGCGCCUCAGGAGGUCACCCCAAUAGCACGACGCUAACGGCGUUACCAGUGUCGUCGAACUAUCGGGGUUAUAUAGAUCGACUUAGUGAUAUCAUGCAUGACGUUUAUCAUCCCUCAGGCCAAAAAUCAUUUAACAAAAACCGAGCUUCUCAGCUGUUCCACUGUGGUUAAACAAGCCUUAUCCAGCCUGUAUCCGCGAGCCGUAUGUUAUGGCGGGCGGUUUCGGUCACAAUCAGUAUACUUUAUUCUUCCAUUUACCUCUCCCACUACCGAACCCAUAAGUAUUAUUUCUAAGUCCAAUGUUGAGGGAAACGGGGUGGGAGCAUGGUCAAAAUAGUAAUGUCCUGGUUGAAUAGAUUAUAGUCGGUGUCCAAGCACUGAGAUGACCAUCAAAGCGUCCUAAACUCUAUGACGUAACCGGUAUGUAACCGGGAAAAAGCUUGACAACCGCUCCCGCAUGCUCUCCAGUGAUACAGCACAAGAAAAGACACCAAUAUUUGGGCUUUCACAGUUUGAACAGCGACAAUAAUACAGGGUUAUCCAAUCGCAUUGUCUGCCCAAAUGAUAAACUGUUAAGUUGGCCGGUAACUGGGGUAAUGGGCAGGAUUUGAACAAAUGACUAGAUCAAAUUAAUGAACGUUACUAAAAAAGGUUGAUUGCUGAAUCAUUCAUCAUCAUCAUUAUCUACAUCCGAUUCAAACAUCAACUCAUUGUCGUCAUCAUCCUCUAUCAGUUCAUCAUGUAAUGGAGGCGGAAUCACUGCACCCUCAUUUCCGUCAGGAAGAAGCCCGCUCUGCCACCAUCUACUGUCGAUCACGCGUUCAGUCAAUCUUUCCCAACCGAGACUGAUCAUUUGGACUACUUCCUGGCGGGAAAUCGGAUCACAGUGUCCUUCCUCAUGCGCAUGCCCAAUUUCCCAUGCUUUCCAUAAGGACUUGAGGUGGCUCUUAAAACUGUGGUUAACCGUUAAGUCCAAAGGCUGGAGAAGGGUGGAGGGAGUCAUGUCUAUUCGCUCGUGGGAUUUCUUGUCGGGACUAGGUGAUGCCGAUGGGCCGGGUAUUGAUCUACGAUGAGGGGGAAGUUGGUUUUCCAUCUCUGGCCAAAAUACUGAAAAAAGUCAGAAAGACUACGAACCUUUGUUUUUGGUGAUUGGGUAUUAAAUCUCAUCAGAAUGAGUGGUUCAAGCGAGGCUUACACAGAGUAAUACGGCUGAGACGUUUUUUGGGUAUCUAAUUUCUGCGUUUUUGGUGGAGCCGUAUUCAGACACAAAAUUUAAAGUUCCUGUGUGUGCUUGCAUACGCCUCGUCUCCUGGUAUGACGUGAUCGCUUCGGCUGUUUAAAGCAAAGUGACGUUUCUAAACAGCUCACAAUGAUCUUUUACUCCACUUUAGGGCAAACGUUUUCCGUCAAUUCCUGACAAAAAAUUGAGGUGCUGCCGAAUUCUGCGUCGUAUUCUCUCAUCUUGUGUGCAUCGAUCACGCCUUUCUGCCACUUCCUCGUAUUCCUCUACCAAUCUAGAGUCCGUGAGUGGACACGAAAAUGGUUCGAAAAUGAGCAAUAUCUUCGUCUGACAAAUCCUCAAAUGGAAGAAGCUUCCGACAAAAAUGAAAUAGGUGGUACAAAGUUGUCCUGAAAGCGUUAUUUUUUAGUCCCUUUUUUAUUAAAAAGGCUUUUCGGUAUGUAUAAAUAUUUGUAGACGAAAUAUCAAGUUUCAUAAUAUACACAACUUUAAUGGCUUACUGAGGCUAAUCCGGGUAAGGCGCGAUAAUUCUGUCAGAUUUUAUUUUUUUUAUUUUAUAUGCACUUUGAUUAUGGGGACAACGACCGUAGAGUGGAAGAUAUCUGGGCAGCCGACAGCUUGAUUAUAAUGCUCUGGUAAUAUAAACUAUGUGGUCCUUAAAGGAACACUGGUAUAGGUGGUACAGCAAAACACGUUAUACCGUAUAAUGAUGCGUGCAGCCAUUACCUACGAUAAUGUGAUGAAGUACAUGAAGGUGUUUUCAAUGAUGUGAGCUGGACUUCACAAUGUUGUUUAUCGGUUUUCUUCUUACUUUUGAAUAUUUUAUUCUGCCACCAGUGUCGAUCUAGAGUGUCUUUGAUGCAAUGAACUAUAUUUUAUAAUUUUUAUUUCGAAAUGAUUAAAUAUCAAAUGCUC